GUAGAUGCGCUAUUAUCCUGUCGAUGAUCUCGCCCGGAAGGCGCUGCUGAACACCAAAGACGUGCUGGAGUUUAGAUGACAGGAUGUUGCGUACGGAAACGACACCGGAUCCGUGUUUUCGUCCAGCGGUGUUUUGUGCGCCAUCUUGGCGUAGGCUGUGGUCGGGAGGCGGAAAGUAAUCCGGCGGGUACAGCCACGGCUACAAACAAGUACAACUUUGCCUAUUGGCCACUUGUAGACCCGUUCGAUCUGUGCACAGGAAAACUCACAUUUCAGAGCACAGAUUGAUCUAGAGAGUGGAUUGAUGGAUGGGAGCUACAGAGGCAAA